GAAAUAAUCAGAAUAAAACCUGUCCUGCUUGAACCUGACUUGAUUUCAGAUUGGAUUGGCUCGUUGCCAGUCCCUACUUAGGGGCGUGCUAAAAACAGCACAACCUGUGUGCUUGUAGCCUGAGAGACACACACCAAAUCUGUGCAUCAUAACACUGCAUUCAAAACAGCCUGUUGCUUUGUCAGUGCCGGUACAACAGUAGAACUGUUGCUGUGCGAACUCAUCGAGAGACAGAACUCGUCCUUCAAGAAUAGCAGAUUAUCCGGUUGAGGAUGAGGAUUUCCUCAUAGGUAUUGAAGCCAAAGGUCUCAGGUCCAAUACUGUGAGGAGGCGGCUAUGAUUCCCAAGCUGAUGACAGUGGAGGGCCUCAGGGAGGUAACAUUUGGACACAGGUCCCCCCGACAUGGACUCAAGCUCCUACACUGGUUCUCCACCAAGGCCGUGGAGUUUAAUGAUGACGGACAGAUGGAGUUGCAGUGCGACCCAGACAACGGGGAUUACGGAUUCCAUCACUACGGAAACUUCGAGGAUCUCCUCCCUCCGGGUAAGACAUACUUUAUAGUGGGAAACCUGAACUCGUUGUACCACCAUGGAGCCCAGGACCUGCCCGCCUAUGUGAGAGAGGCCUAUGGCAGCCAGAAAAACUGCUACGAACGAAACAAGGACCGCAUCAUUAUCAGCCUGGACAGAGCAUCGAGACUGAUAGGGGAAGUCUACAUCACAGAGCACAGAUUCGGUCUGAGCGACUUCAGUGAGGAAGGAACCUUUCUCCUCAGCCCUGACAUCAUCAGGGAAGCAGGGGACAUGCAGCGGAUGGACUUCCUGACAUGCGUUGGAUUCCUUUUCCCUGUGAAUCUGGGGGUGGACCUUCGGGAAAGUUCCUUUUCGUCCGACAGCUCCCUCGACAGCGAUGAGACUGAUGAUGAGGGGCAGGAUGUCAGCUGUGGAUCUGAAGAGUGGGAAGGGCCAGAUAGCAAUGCAUCCUCAGGGUGGGGGGUGUCUGUCAGAUGGGCACCCAGCCCUGGAGAGGUGUGUUCUAGUCCACCUGCAAAUACAAACUGCAUGAACCCCCCUGACCACCUGCCGGUCCAAAACACACUCUUCCACGAAUUGCCCGGGGUUCACCGGGAAGUUCAGAAACAGCCAUCUUUCCAGGAUUCUAAAGCUGAUCCAACAUUAGUGGAACUACUCCCCUGUAAACAGUUUAUUGCUGAUUCAAAUGUAAACCAGUCUGGUUCUGGGCCCACACCUUUGAACCAACUACCCUUUCAGCAGUCUGAUCUUCAGAACCAUCCAUCUCACCCACUGCUUUAUUCAGACGUAAAGCCUCAGAACAAAAAUUUUUUUCUGCAGCCUGACCCUGAUACUAAACCACCAAACCAAAUGUCUUACCAGGAACCUGCUAGUGAUCCAAAACUACAGAGUCAGCCCCCUUACCAGAAUGAUGGUUCUGAUUCAAAAUGUGAAAACCACCUCUUCAGCACGCUGCCUGUCCCUCACCCAGAAACUCAGAACACAGGAUACCAGCAAGAUCCUGCGACCGGUGUUGGAAUUCCCCAUGGUCCAGACCACAAACAGGAGAUUAUGGACGAUGCAGUAGUGAUUAACUAUUUCAUCAAUCAAGAGGAUGUUAUACCUCUUGUCGUAAUUGUGAUGGUUGUUUUAAUACUGAUAGUUUUUUCAUUCAUAACCCUUGGCUUUAUUAUCAUUGUAUCCUUGUGUGUGGAAACAGACUGCAAUCCGAAGUGGGAGUUGGAGAAGUUUUACCUUGUCUUGUCCAACCUAACUCUUGAAGAGUUAGAACCUCAGGACGUUACAGUGCUUCAUAUCAAAAAGAAAAGGAAGCAAUUUUGAUUCCAACACGUGAGGAUGACUCUUUAAUGGUUGAAUGGGUUGCGACGAAUGACUCUUUAAUGGUUGAAGAUGAAAACUUAUCAAAAUAAUGGUUCUGCUUCAAAAACUACAAAAGUAAGCUAAAAGCAUGCACUCUAUAGCGCCGCCUUCAGGCAAGGCACAUUUAGUGCAUUUUGUUUUGUUUUUUUUACCAUAACUGGUAUUCUUUGGUCUAAAUUAAAAUGUGAUGUCUGUCCAUCUAGUAAAGAAGGCUGAACAAGACUUACACAGUCUGCCAUGUGUCAUUUUCCAUAAAUUAAAAUAUAUUUUAUUCUACUGCCAAAAUUAACUCCUCUGAAAUUAUGAGAUUUUGCCAAUGCUGCUUGGAUUCCAUUAAUUGCCACUUGUGACUAUAUUGUUCUUUUUGCUUCUGUUCUGGUUUUGAAUUUGGUUUUGACUUGCUUUUAAAACUUGUGCAAUGAAAGUUGUCAAAGGAGCAAGCCCUGGGCCUGGUUCAGUUUUAAAAUAUUUUAAACAACUGUACGCUGUGUUUAAUUGCCUUCAUUAUGACUGCUGUCGUGAAUGUGGAAAAUCACCUGACUUCUAGAAUGUUGAGGAACCGGUCUGGUUCCAUGUUAACAAGCUCAGUCACAUGCCAAGGCGAGAAACAGUAGCAGCUGGAUUCGAUCCAAAAGCUUGUCAUAGAAAAGAAUGCUGGUCUUUUUCCCAAUAAAAAAGGGAGAUUGCCUACAGUGCAUAGCGAACAUAAAAGUUGAUCAGGUAUGCGGAUAUAUUUUGAUAUCUGAAAAAGUUCUAUGCUACAGGUCCACCACCUCCACCCUUACUAAUAAAUGUAUCUCUGACUUUUUGCCCCCUCUUUAUUAGAUAUAUAUUCAUAUUGUGAAUUUGUACAUAAAAAUAUUUAUAUAUUGUAUUUUGUACUUACAGGACAAAGUCUACCAUAUCUUGUUGGUGAAGUUUCCGUCUCUCUAUAGUGAAGACAGGGACAGGGACAUACAUUUCAUCAUAUGAAACAUAUAUUUUUAUUCAUAAAACAAUUAUAUGAAUAUAUACCGUUUGUAACUGCAGUAUAUAAAAUCUGUAUUUUUUUCCGUACAAGAAAGCAAUUACAGUGUCAUGUUAAUGAAUGUCAAUGUCAAUUAAUUAAUCAAAUUUCUCAUCUCCUGAAUUAUCAGAAUUGAAAUAGAAAUGACACACACCUCACAGAACAUCCAUAAUAACAGACGGCGUGUUGUGUACUGUUCACAUAGACAUGAAGUCAGACAGCAUUUAUUCCAGUAUGGGCACUACCGAACAUCCAAAGCAAGAGAUCCUCACUAAGAGACUGCUAGAUUUAAUCUUGGGUGACAGCACUGGUGAACUGGACACAUGCAAUGAAACAUCAUCUACUCUCAGCUAAACAUACUUACCUGGGAGACAGUUAUAGUCAGGAGAUGGUAUGAUGUCUAGCCAUUGUGGGGGGGAAAUGGCUAGACAUCAUAUCCCUAGCAAAUGCUCUCCACCAGCAAAUUUGUCUUCAAAGGUAAAGAAAUAAUGGGUCCUCCUCAAUAUGGCCGCCAUAUUCUCAUUGUCGAGAUGAAUAGCUUGGACUGCCCUUGGUAAUAACAAAUGAGAAGGGUCUGUAGCAUUCGGUACGGUGGAAAACCAGAUUCGUCUCAGCCACACCCACAGGUGCAGAUGACACACAUAACUAGGUUGUGUUAACUAAUCAGUCCCGGUGCUUAAAGGUGUGUUCCUCUCCACGGAAUGGGGCUGAAACCAGGUGCGGACGCCGAGAGAGUGCUUAAAGGUGUGUUCCUGUCCACGGUACGGGCUUGAAACCAGGUGCGGACGCCAAGAGAGUGUGUCCGUUUUUGGAGUUUUUGUUUGCAGUCGCAUAGAAGGCAUAAGGUGGAGCUGGAAACUGAAAAGUUGACCCCUGAGACCAGCGGCAAGCUGAAAAUCUGUCGCUGCGUUUUACUCUCUUUAGUCUUUGUUAUUUUAGUUUGUUGUUUUUUGCCCAGAACCUGUGAGGGGGAAAGGUCAAAGUCUUUGUUUUUGUGUUGAUGUGGAUGCGUGCUGGUGUGGAUCUCUCUAUCUCCCUGUCUCUCUCUCUCUCCCUCCCAGGGGUGUCACAUGGUGUGUGACAGGGCCAUCGAUUGAAACUGUCUGACUAAAUCCACCCAAAAGAUCAUUGCAAAAAGAGAGGCACCUUCAGGAGAACAGAGGGAACAGGGCCAAUUGUGCAUAUGUGGCAGAGCAGGAGGGCUUUGAAUAAAAUAAUGUUUACCUGGAAGACUGUUCCUGCAGGAAGCACGUUCAUCUUGUUCAGCCUGCCCUGGGGGUUUUAAUGUAUUACAGAUAUAUACGUAAUACAUUCGUAAAAACAUUAAAACCUCCAUGGCAGGUUGGACAAGGUGAAUGUGCUUCCUCCAAGAACAGUCAUAGAAUGAAAUAAUGUUUAUAUGGAUGACCUUUCUUGCAGGAAGCAUGUUCAGCCUGCCACAGGGGUUUUACCGUAUUACUUAUAAGUAAAAAAGAUUUCCUGGAGCAGAAAGAUCCACAGACUGAGCAAGUUCACUGAGUAUACUGAGACUUAAUACUGAAUAUACUAUAUCCCAUGUUCGGUUAUCCUGA